GAGCAGGAGCUGCACAUGAAAAAGUCCAUCUCCGAGAUUCGCACCACAAUCCAUCAAAAUUGGCAUGGGACCAUACACCAAGUUUUGUAAAUCCGCCAAACCUCGAAGAAUAUUCACAAGAAUUUUUUAUAAGAAAACCUUUACCAACUCUCAAAAAGGACGCUGAAUAA